AUGUGCGAGGAGGGCGACUACAUGGUGUGCUCGCACUGUGUUCGCACACAUCGGAUGAACUCCUCGAAAAGUGGGCGGCUGAGUCGUGUUGUUGGUGGAGGAGGUAUUGACCACUGCACACCGCAUCGGCCGCUGCUGCUGCGCACUACACCCUCCUCUUUGCUUGCAUUCCGUUUUUUUUUCCGGCCCAGCUUAACCGCUCAGCAUUUCGUUGUUGACCACAUUCUCAUUGAUCCCCAGUUCCCCUGA